UCUCUCUCUGUCUCUCUCGUUCUUCUCUCUCAUCUCCCUUCCUCCUCUUAUAUUUCGCUUCCUCUUCGUAUAUUUCGCACACACCAACUGGCCGAUCUUGGAGAUACAUACCUAAAUGUGCUCGGGGUAUAGUGAUCCCAGUCCAAGAAACUGAGAAGUUUGCGGUUGGCUUUUCGAUCCGUUCUCGAGUCAGCUCGAAUGUCGGCUGGGUUUGGUUUUCUGACGCACGUGUACACGGCUUUCUUCUCACGUCACCUCGUUGUUCAUCCCAGCUCGAGCAUAGUCUUCUGGUCACGGCUCUGAUGCGCCUCAUCCACUGCCCCACGAGGAUAUCAGUCACACUUGUCCGUGACACGGGCUAAUUGGCUUGUUUUGUGGAAUGUAUCGUAUAAAGGCCAGAGAGUGAGUGAAGAGAGAGACUGGAGCAGUGGAGCUGCAUCCGUAAAUGGCUGCUUAAUCUUUCUCACCUGGACAGCCGGCUAUCGAAACGUUGCUCGACAUGAUAGAGCGUUGGAUGACCGAUCCAUUCUCAUCAUGGUUCGUGAGAAAGAUGUUUGCUGGGAAUAUUGUGACAAGAUGGAUGGAAACAAAGUUAGAUGCAAGUUCUGCCUCAAAGUACUGAAUGGGGGCAUUAGCAGAUUGAAGUUUCACCUUUCUCGCUUGCCAAGGAAAGGUGUCCAUCCAUGCACAAAAGUCAGAGAUGAAGUUACUGAUAGGGUGAAAGCUAUUAUAUCAAUGAAAGAAGAGGGGAAGGAAGUUUCUGUUGUUAAAAAACAAAGAUUGGUUGAAACAAAAUCUCCGGGAAUAGUUUCAAAUACAAAAGUGCAUAUACCCUCACCAGAGAGUACACCUCCUGUCGUGAAGCUUCUUACUGGAUGCACGGCAAUCAGGCCUCAGUCUUCUCUGGAUGCAGAGAGAUGCAUUGCUGAGUUCUUUUUUGAAAACAAGUUGGAUUUCAGUGUUGCACACUCUCCCUCGUAUCAGCUUAUGCUCGAGGCACUUGGUGGUGCAGGAUUUAGAGGGCCGUCGCCAGAAGCCUUGAGGAUGACAUGGUUGCAGAAGCUCAAGUCAGAGGUCACGCUGCAGAUAAAAGAGAUCGAAAAAGACUGGGCAACAAGUGGAUGUACCAUCAUAGCUGAUACAUGGACAGACCUCAAGUCAAGAGCCUUAAUCAACUUUUUUGUCUCAUCUCCAUUGGGAACCUUCUUCCACAAAUCUGUUGAUGCAUCUACGUACUUCAAAAAUUCUAAAUGCCUCUAUGAUUUGUUUGAUUCUAUCAUUCAAGAUUUUGGCCCAGAGAAUGUUGUUCAAGUGAUAACUGAUAGUUCUUUAAAUUAUGUCAGUGUGGGGAAUCACAUCAUGCAAAACUACAACACCAUCUUCUGGUCCACUUGUGCUUCUCACUGCCUGAAUUUGAUUCUGGAGGACUUUUCCAAGAUUGAUUGGGUAAAUAGAUGUAUCUUGCAAGCACAGUCUAUCACAAGAUUUAUCUAUAACCAUACCUGGGUGCUUGAUCUGAUGAGAAAGUUCACUGGGGGUCAGCAGCUUGUUCGCUCAGGCAUUACAAGGUCUACAUCAAAUUUCCUCACCUUGCAAUCGAUGUUGAGGCACAAAUCAAGGUUGAAACAUAUGUUCAAUAGUCCAGAAUAUUCAUCUUCUCCUUAUGCAAAUAGACCUCACAGUAUAUCUUGCAUGGAUAUUCUCGAUGACAGUGAACUUUGGAGAGCAGUUGAAGAAAUUGCAGCUGUUUCUGAACCUCUUCUGAAAGUAUUGAGGGAUGUUUCUGGGGGUAAACCUGCAAUUGGUUCUAUAUACGAAUCUAUGACAAGGGCCAAGGAGUCCAUAAGGACUUACUACAUAAUGGACGAAGGGAAAUGCAAGACUUUUCUUGACAUAGUCGAUAGAAGGUGGCAAAACCAGUUUCACUCACCUCUGCAUGCAGCAGCAGCAUAUUUAAACCCGAGCAUACAGUAUAAUCCAGAAGUUAAAUUUCUUGGGAUUAUUAAGGAACAAUUCCUCACCGUCCUAGACAAACUACUGCCGAUGCCUGAAUUGAGACACGAUAUCACAGAGCAAAUUUAUAUAUUUAGAAAGGCGCAAGGGAUGUUUGGGUCCAACUUAGCUAGGGAAGCACGCAAUACCACCUCUCCUGGAAUGUGGUGGGAGCAGUAUGGUGAUUCGGCUCCUGGACUGCAACGAGUUGCAGUAAGAAUACUCAGUCAGGUCUGCAGCACUUCUACCUUUGAGAGAAACUGGAGCGCGAUUCAGCAGAUUCACUCAGAAAAGCGUAAUAGGCUGGAUAAGGAGACUUUGAGUGACCUUCUCUUCGUUCACUACAAUCUCAAGCUAGGAUCCAAGGGAAAGGUAGCAGAUAUGGAUCCUAUCAUACUUGAUGACAUUGAUAUGACCUCGGAUUGGGUGGAGGAGACAGAAAACCCAAAUCCAACGCAAUGGCUCGACCGAUUUAGUUCUGCCUUGGAUGGUGGAGACUUGAAUACUAGACAGUUUAGUACUACAUCAAUCUUUAAUUCAAAUGAUCACAUCUUUGGUUUGUGACUGUAAAGACAUAGGUCAUGUUUAGUGUUAGAUCACCCCCAAGUAAAGCUCACUGCUAGAAAAAAAAAAAGCUGUAUCAAACGUAUCAAAUCAGUUCUUUCCUGUACCAAUUGCUUUCAUAUGUAAGGGAUCUUCUGGGCAGAUUGCCCAAGUAAUCAUGCAUUAUAUCACCUUAGAGACA